AUGGUAUCGCUCGAGCCAGGUACUUUGAUAUGGGCGAAAAUUCCCUGCACACCCUGGUGGCCGGGGCGAAUAGCCGACGUUAGCGAUGUCGCAUGCAUCCCUGUUCCGGGGAGGAAACUCAAGGACACACAAGUGUUUGUGGCCUUCUUCGGAGAAACAACUGU